UACGAGCGCGCCGGCCCCUUCCGGCACACGUGCGGCGGGAGCCUCAUUGCGCCCCAGUGGGUGAUCACGGCCGCCCACUGCAUCUCCUCCUCGCGCACCUACGAGGUGGUGCUGGGCGCGCACGACCUGACGGUGCCCGCGGCCUCGGAGCAGCGCAUCCCCGUGAACGACGACGACAUCUUCGUGCAUCCCGGGUGGCUCAGCUCCUGCUUCUUCGUGUCCUCGCUGGGCUGCAACACGCUGCAGAAACCCACCGUGUUCACGCGCGUCUCUGCCUUCACGGACUGGAUCGACGAGAUGAAGCAUCUCAUGAACUUGCCUGGCUUUGGGAACACGUCCAAGGCAGGGCGCAAAACACACUAG